UUCAGUUCAUUCAUUGAUCUUUCUAUAUAUAUACACACCACAUUACCCAUUCUUUCUAUCAUCAACAAGCAAUAUUUCAAAACUUGAAUCUUUUCAUAACAUCUUCAGAAGCUUCAAAAGGAUUCAAACUUUCAGAAGAAGAAGGAAAAAAAACUAGAAAUGGCUUACGUGAGAAGUUUAUUGGGUGCAAAGAAGAUUCUUGGCCGCUCCGUAACAGCAGCUGCCCCAACAAGCAACAGGGCCGCCUCUGCGGCACCAAAAGGGUUUCUUGCGGUGUACGUGGGAGAGAUGCAAAAGAAGAGAUAUGUGGUGCCAAUCUCAUACUUGAGCCAACCUUCGUUUCAAGCUCUUCUCAGCAAAUCCGAAGAAGAGUUUGGUUUCGAUCAUCCAAUGGGUGGCUUAACGAUCCCUUGUCCUGAAGAUACUUUCAUCGCUGUGACGUCUAGGCUUCAAUGAUAAUUAUCCAACAUAUUUUUCUUCAAGUUAGUUGUAAAUAGAGGAUGUUUUAUUUUUCUAUUUCUUCUUGAAAGAGUUGUUCUAAAGUUUUGAAAGUAAAUACCAUUGAAAAAGAAAUAACAACACCCACUUAACAACUA